AAUUCAACAUCUAAGGCUUGAUUUUGUUUUAAGAUCCUUCCAUGGAGUUGUUUUUGAAGUUUGUACAACUCCAAGCUAGUUAAGAUCUGGGAUUACUGUCAAUUCUUCCACUGUCGAAUCCUGGUUACGCUUUACGCACCAUGUGGCUUCAUUUCUAAGCAUUAAACACUGAGAUCAUACGCAAAAUUCUGGUAGAGGAUUCAUGGAACAUGCUUUUGUAUGGUUCAUAGUAUUGAAGGAACAGGCUUGCAUAUCUUGUGAAUACUGCAGGUUCUUUAGAGCUCGACCUGACAUCGCUACCCAAACCGGCGACUGCUGCCCGCUCUUGUAAGCUACCAAGUGACUCUGAACCAGCACCCAAACUGGACUUGUUUAAGCAAAAACGUUGCUAUGGCUGGUGGGCUACAAGCUCUAUGAAGUCGGGAGCAAUGAAAAGCACGGGCAAACUUGAAAUGACUUUGGAAAUAAUGAAAAGGCCAGAAGCCGAGGCUAAACCAGCAGGACUGGGGCGAGACGAACCGAACAAGAAUCCAACUUUAGACGAACCGAAUCGUCCUCCGACCUCGUUUCCAUGGUUUACGUCACCACUUAAAGCUCUCCGCCACAUCAUCUGGCGCAGGUACAAGUGGUACAUCCUCGGCUUACUGUUAUUCCUUCUUAUCAUCUCCCUCAUCGCGUUCUUCAUUUACGCAGCGCCGGAAUAUACCAUGAAGAAAAUGCUAAAUGCGUGACAGACUGGAAGUUUAGAUGGUUAAUUCUUUGGAAUUAAAGGUGGAAGGGAUCGAGGUUGGCCCUGCAUCUGCAUGGCUUUAUAUUGGCAACAAUCAGGAAGGGAUCGUGCGGAGAAAAGGAAAGCUUUUGUCACUAGUCAGCUUAUAAAGUUGUCCAGCCACGGAGUUCUGAGCAAGAUUUCACGCUAAAUAAUACAGAUUAGGUCUAGAAUUUUUUUAAACUUUAGUAACCAGCCACAAGAGGUGAUGGUGUCCGUUUUGGAGAAUCUAGUUCAAGAAUAGACUGUGCAUUUUUUUCAGAUUUAAUCCAAUAGUGUCUUGAGGUUACUCUUCCAAAACUGGCAAAGCAGAUAGCAAAAGUGUUCAGUUUUCAAUUUAUUAGUUCAAUCAAAUUAUAGAGCAACAUGUUUCCAAUAAUUCUGACUAACAGAGUGGGAGAUGGGGAAAUCAGUUUGCGGCUUCCUUUGUUCUUAGCAGUUUUUCGCUGGGUCCUUUAUGUUGUGUUCCUUACGCAACGCUAACAUGUUAUUACCGUUACCAUUUUCGUUCAUACAACAACCUGACACCUACCACAAAGUAGUGGGAGCCUCCAUUUUGCUUCACUAAGCAAGAUUAAGAAGUUCUUUUUUCACUAAGCUUGACGAAUUAAAAUCAUAAAUAAAUGGGGAGUUUGGGAACAUUUCUAGGAUAGUUCCUCAGCUGCAAAGAAAAUAAAUUGGAUAUUCC